AUGGCAUUUCUUCGUGGAAUACCUGAGACUAUCUGGAACUACGUCAGUCCGCGCAAGAUACAACACCGGCGGGAGAAGCCAUUCGCGUUCAAGACCCCCGCGAUCCCCACCCGAACCACGCCUCUCCCCAAACAGACCGCACCACUCACACGAGAGAUGAGUCCAGAAGCGCGUGUCAAGACUUGCGAUCCGCGAGCACCAAGCUCUCACUUCGACAUCGAUGCGACGUUGUUGCCGCCUUCUCCUCCAGCCUCAGCUAUCUCGUCCAAGGAUCUAGAAGACGACACGCUGGUUGUGAAUUCGCCCGCAGCGCCAGACAACGAGACAGAGGGCUCUUCGGCCGACUUGUGGGACGCGAACGAGGAAACUAUGGUUGUCGAUGACGGAACUUACAUGGUUGUACAGAAGAAAGUGAACUACCACCAGGAGCGUCAGAGACAAGAUCAACAAGCUCGUGAUCUACGCGAUGCUGGCUGGUCCGAGGACGCUGUCUUUCUUUUCCAGAAGUUGGGUAUGCGCGGCUUCGAGCCACUGAUGCCCAUUAGCUGGAUUGAUGACCUUGAGACUGUCCCCGCAGAUCUCUUCACUGAGAACAUCGACAAGGCAUUCAUCAAACCAGCCUACGGCACUGAACACAAUGCGCAGUAUGCUCUUGAGAAGCUCUUCGAUCUGGGCAGUGUCUCUCGUGACGCCUGGUAUACACGAACCAAGCGGGCUCCCCACUUCCAGAUUGGCAAAGCCGUCAAGGCGUACACAAAAUGGGCCAUGAAGGAUGGUAGAGUUGAACACCUUUGGUCCCAACUCCCGCUGUUCCAAACUGUCACCUUCUCAAAGCAUGUGCACCCGGCCGUCGGGGAGCGUAAGAUGAUCGAGAAGCUUGGUCGACUACACGAGCUGUGGUACGACGCUCUGCAGAUCGACGAAGCCGUAGAUCGUGGAGAUUCCAUCGUGCCUGAAGUUCCGACGCUUUAUGGUAUCACUGCAACACACACCGUUAUGGCUUUUGUGAGCUAUGCGCCGCCGACCAAGAAGAAUGAACAGCCUUCUGUGCGUUUACUCGCCAUGUACGACUUCAUGCAGGAAGGUUGCGAUGUCUGGAAUUCCCUCGCCAUCUCCAUCUUCAUUAUUCAUUGCAGGAACAGGAUGAUGCAGUUGAGGGAAUGGCUGCCAGAGCCGGAGGUAUCAACUGAAGAAGACCCUGAUCUUUGA